AUGGGAGUCCACCCCGAAGCCGGCAAAUCCCCAGUCGACGUUCCAAAAAGAUCUGGCACUUGCUCUCGGAGUAUCUUCUGCAACAUCAAGGUGUUUGUGCUGUGCCAUGGACUCCUCCAGCUCUCCCAGCUCCUCUACAGUGCCAACUUCAAGAGCAGCCUCACCACCAUUGAGAAGCGCUUUGGGCUCUCCAGUCUCUCUUCAGGUUUUAUCUCCAGCUUGCAUGAGAUUGGCAACGUGGUCCUCAUCAUCUUCGUCAGCUACUUCGGCAGCCGCGUUCACCGCCCUCGGGUGAUCGGUGUGGGAGGGCUGCUGCUGGCACUGGGAGCGUUCCUGGUCACCCUGCCCCACUUCCUGUCUGACCCCUACGAAUACACCGUGCUGAGCACUGGUAACAAAAGCCAGAUUCAGGUUGAACUCUGCUAUGCAGAGAAUAAGUUUAUGUGCUCAAACACCACCCAGGAUCCCCAGAAGGAGGCCAGCAGCAUAUGGGCAAUGAUGGUCAUCGCCCAGCUGCUGGCUGGAAUCGGGACGGUUCCCAUCCAGCCCUUUGGGAUAUCCUAUGUAGAUGACUUUGCAGAAGUGAACAAUUCCCCACUGUAUGUUGCCAUCCUCUUUGCCAUCGCUGUGUUUGGCCCUUCUUUUGGAUACUUGCUGGGAUCUGUGGUGCUGAGGCUCUUUGUGGAUAUUGGAAGAGUUGACACUACUACAGUGACCCUGACACCAAGGGACCAGCAGUGGAUUGGAGCCUGGUGGCUGGGACUGCUGAUCUCCUCAGGUUGCUUGGUGCUCACAUCCAUUCCUUAUUUCUUUUUCCCUCGUUACCUGCUGAAAGGAGAGGAUCCAAACAUGGAGGCUGGCAUGCUCAGGAAGAUGGAGAAGGAGAUGGCUGAAGAAAUCUCGCUGAUGGAGUUUAUAAAAAGAUUCCCAAAGAUCUUCCUCAGGCUGCUCCUCAACCCCCUCUUCAUCCUCCUGGUUCUGGCUCAGUGCAGCUUCUCCUCAGUCAUUGCAGGUCUGGCCACCUUCCUUAACAAGUUCCUGGAGAAACAGUAUGGAGCCUCCUCCUCCUAUGCCAACUUUCUCAUAGGAGCUGUGAACCUGCCUGCAGCAGCACUCGGGAUGCUUUUAGGAGGAAUCAUCAUGAAACGUUUUGCCUUCUCCCUCCGGGCCAUCCCCCGCUUUGCUGUGGUGGUGCUCGUUUUCUCCAUCCUUAUCUGCCUGCCCAUUUUCUUCAUGGGCUGCUCCACAGGGCACAUCAAUGGGAUCUACCCUCCCAGCACAUUGAGUUCCCAGCAGCAGGUUAGGAUGCCGAGUGGGUGCCACUGCUCUGAGCACAUCUUUCACCCAGUGUGUGGAGAAAACAACGUGGAGUACAUCUCCCCCUGCUUUGCUGGCUGCACAAACAGCACUGCUAAUUCCUCCACUCCCAAACAAGUGAUCUACAAAAACUGUUCCUUGAUCCCUGCUGGGAACAGGCUGGCCUCUGCCAAGACAGGUUCCUGUCCACUCAGCUGCUCCCACAUGCUCCUUCCUGCCAUAUUCCUCAUCUCCUUUGCUGCCCUGGUAGCCUGCUUGUCCCACAACCCCCUCUACAUGAUGGUUUUACGGGUGGUGAACCAGGACGAGAAGUCGUUUGCCAUCGGCGUUCAGUUCUUACUAAUGAGGCUGCUGGCAUGGCUGCCGGCUCCGGCCAUGUUUGGUGCCCUCAUCGACUCCUCCUGCAUCUACUGGCAGAAGCAAUGCACCCAGCGCCGCUUCUGUGCCUACUACAACAACGACUUCCUCCGCAACAGAUACCUGGGACUGCAGGUGGGCUACAAGGUGGUGGGCACCAUCCUCCUCGUCCUCAUCAGCUGGAAGGUGAAGAGGAGCAAGGAGUACAAUGUGCAGGAGAAGGCAGCAGGGCUGGUGUAG